AAAACCCCCCCCCCCCCCCCCCAAAAAAAAAAACAAGAAGCCAUAAUUAUAUCCCAUCAAACACAUCAUCCAAUAGAGGAAUGGAAACAUACAACACAACAAGAGGAUUAAUGGGAAGCCAAAACCACAAAGCACCAAACCACAACAGCAACAACAAUGGAGAAGAUGAUGCAUCAAGCAGGUCAUUCCCAUGCCUGUAUUGUUCUAGAAAGUUCCACAGCUCACAAGCUUUGGGUGGCCAUCAGAAUGCACACAAGAAGGAGAGAAGUGCUGCAGCAAGAAAGAGCAAAUUCAUUAGGGCAAACUCCCUCCUCCUUCAUCAUCAUCUGGGCCUCUACAUCUCCCCCCACUCUGCCUCCUCGGGCCAACGCUCCGCCCGCACGUUCGGCCCGAGGUUCGAGCCCGACUGCCGCUUGAACAGCAACCCUUACUUGUAUGAUCAAGAAGCCCAAGAUCAUCAUCAUCAUUUCAGCUUUAUUGGGAGUUGGGAGAAGAAUAAGGAUAAUAAAAGGGUAAAGGCACAUCUUGAAUCCAUUCACAAGCAUGCUGUGGACGAUCCAGAGGAAAUUGUAUCAAUGGUUCAAGAGAAAAUCCGAAAUGCUACGGCGAGGAGGAAACUGAUGGGAGGAAAUAACCAAUACUACACCCAAACUGGGAACCCCAUUGAUGACUGCUGGCGCAUCAAUCCCAGGUGGCGGAGAGACCGAAAGCGGCUCGCCGACUGCGGGAUGGGAUUCGGCCGGCUCGCAGUCGGCGGCCGCGACGGAAGAUUCUACGUGGUGACCGACUCGGGUGACGACAACCCGGUGAACCCCAGGCCGGGCACGCUCCGGCACGCGGUCAUCCAGGAGGUGCCGCUGUGGAUCGUGUUCAAGGGGGACAUGCUCAUCAUGCUGAAGGAGGAGCUGAUCAUGAACAGCCACAAGACCAUCGACGGGCGCGGGGCCAACGUCCACGUGGCGUACGGUGCGUGCUUCACGCUCCAAAACGUCACCAACAUUAUUAUCCACGGCUUGCAUAUCCACCACUGUAGGCCCACGGGGAACGCCAUGGUCCGUAGCUCCACCACCCAUUUCGGGUGGAGGACGAUGGCGGACGGGGAUGCCAUUUCGCUCUUCGGGGCCACCCACAUUUGGAUUGAUCACAACUCUCUUUCCAACUGUGCUGAUGGCCUCGUCGAUGCGAUUAUGGGAUCCACCGCCAUCACCAUUUCCAACAACUACUUCUCCCACCAUAACGAGGUGAUGCUGCUAGGGCACUCGGAUUCAUACACAAAAGACAAGAACAUGCAGGUGACAAUAGCCUUCAACCACUUUGGGGAAGGUCUGAUACAAAGAAUGCCAAGGUGCAGGCACGGCUACUUCCAUGUGGUGAACAAUGACUACACCCAUUGGGAGAUGUAUGCCAUCGGCGGCAGUGCCGAUCCCACGAUCACCUCCCAAGGCAAUCGGUUCCUCGCCCCUAACGAUCCUCAUGCCAAAGAGGUGACAAAAAGGAAUAAUGCGAAUGAGUGGGAGUUGAAGAGUUGGAACUGGAGAUCAGAAGGGGACCUCAUGCUGAAUGGGGCAUACUUCACACAGUCUGGCACUUCAACUUCAUAUUCCAGGGCUUAUAGUUUGGAGGCAAAGCCAAGUUCCAUGUUGCCAGCCAUCACUACUUCUGCCGGUGCUCUUGCCUGUCUCAAAGGAAACCGUUGCUAACUAUAUAUACAUAUAUAGCUAGCUAGCUAGCAAUAGUUUCUUUUCCGUUUCUCGUUUUGGUAACAAAAUUUUAAUGAAUGUGCCAUUCAUUA